UAACAUUGUAAAAUGCACACACAUGUUCAUAUGUAAACAGACCUGUCAUUUAAUAUGCCAUUCUCCAACUUUCCCGAAUUCUGAUUGCAGCCUUUGCUAGUCCUUGGGUUUCAUUAUGUGUGGAAGAACUGCCAGCUCGUUGGGUCCAGGGGAUGUUGUCAAAGCCUCGAGAUACACCAACCGUCGGACAGGAAGGCGCGAGUCACCAAGAUGGAGGACCAAUCCUGGUCAGAGUUAUCGCCCUUCAUACAAUGUGGCUCCUGGUGGCACAACACCAGUGAUAGUUUCCUCCAAGCAUUUCAAAGAUUCCCCUCCAGAGAAGGAGACCCCAGCUACAGAUUGCCAGCCUGAGACUGAUGCUGAACCGGAGCGUGUAAUCCAGCCAAUGAGAUGGGGCCUUGUGCCAUCUUGGCACAAAGGAGAAUUGAAAAGUUUUGACCUCAAGACUUCCAACUGCCGCAGUGACAAUAUGCUCAGUAGUCGAGUUUACAAGGGUCCAUUGGAGAAGGGAAGACGAUGUGUCAUUGUUGUGGAUGGAUUUUACGAAUGGCACACUGGGAAAGACAAGAAACAACAACCAUACUUCAUCUACUUCCCUUCGGAGAAAAAGGUCGAAGAGGGUGAAAAGAUGCCAUCACCAGAAAGUGGGGAUGUGGAAAGUGUGACAAAAACAAACAAAGCGGAAGGAUCAAAAGAGACAGAGGAUGAAGAGUGGCCCAGACAAAAGGUUCUUACUAUGGCAGGUGUAUUUGAUAUUUGUCAUCCAAAAGACACUGAGGGUGAACCUUUCUAUACCUACUCUGUCAUCACAGUAGACGCUUCUGAUGCCAUGUCAUAUAUACAUCACAGAAUGCCAGCCAUUCUAAACACAGAUGAAGAAGUAAGACAAUGGUUAGACUUUGGGGAUGUACCACUCAAGGAGGCAGUUGAUGUGAUACGACCAACAACUUCCAUCACCAGCCACCCAGUCUCCUCAAAAGUCAACAAUUCAAGGAAUAAUGCUCCUGACCUCAUUGAGAAAGUUGAUCCUAAUAAGAAGCCAAGCCCGACUGGAUUGACAAUGUGGUUGAAGAAAGGAACGGAAAAGAAGAAAGAUGACGAAGAUGAGAGUGUGGAGGAGCCUGAGCCAAAACGAUUAAAGACGGACUGAGAGAUAGGUGUAGCAUGAAGGUGUGAUGCCCUCCUCAAUGUAGAUGUGAGGGACAGGGCUGAGCUCAAUGGCAAAGUUCACAUCUGGGUGUUUUUGAGGGUCGCAUGUUGCCUGUCGGCAUCGUCAUCGUAGAAUUUGUGGUUCAGUUGUGACGGACAAUCCAUGGAGCCAGGCUUUUCCAUUGGGACUGAAUAUAACUCGAUGUCAUUUUACACAUCUAAAUGGUUGUCUUUAUGUGCCAUAAGGAAGUCUAUAAGGCAGGAGCUAGGAAGAUCACAAACUCCCCUGAUGGAGGUAUCUCCCAUCUCGCUGUAAAACAGGGUCCAGAGUAAUGAUCGACAGACCAGAUAUAUCAGAACAAGGAAAUAAGAAUGUAGUGUUUAGAUCUGAAUGAAUAUAAUUAUACUUCAAAAUAUUGUAGUUGUAAGAA